AUGUCUUUGAAUAGGAAAUACGCAGCGUUGCCCGAUCUUGACUCUGCGCCAGACAUCUACGAGACGCCAGAGCUCACAGACGACACUUCUACAGUGCCUGCAACACUACGUUCCUCCUCAGACAACGAAUUCGACGAUGACGAGGCGGACGGCCUCGGGAUCUCGCGAUCCAAACUACGGAUAGAUCAAGCCCGGUCACGCUUCAUGCCCUCCCAGGUGGACGCCAAAGAAGUAGACUUCUCAGACCGAGUCAAUGGAAAGCGAAAGUCUUACAAAACAUCCAGUCGACGGCACAGGAUUCUGGAGGACGGGGGCGAAGAAAUUGGAGACCUGAGCGACGAAGACGAAAGCGAGACUUUGGCACGGAAACUCGCGAGGCUGAAGCGCGAGAUCGAGGAGGCCAAGGAGGAAUACGGCAAGCAGAAGUCGCAGAGGGAUGCGGCUGGCACGAAACCUGAGGACGGAGAGGGUGACCAGGAAGAGGAAUUGGCAUCUCUGAGCCAGGUGUUGGACGAGAUCUCGAAGCACCCACAGGAUCUAGCACAAGGACCGGGGUUUCGACCUGUGAGAGUCGGCCCGUUACCUAGCAGGGAGCCCAAGCAGGACGCCAUGCCGGGUGAACCUGCGGGUGGGGAUUCGGCCACCUACACCGUCACAUAUGCGCCGACAUACGAGCAGACUCAUGCCCUUGCCAAGGCUGCAGACUUUGAUGAACGUCUUGCACUCCUGGAGAAAGCUAUUGGGAUCGGAUCCUCGGCCCUGCCAGAGCUGGACUCAAGCGGCUUACCGAGGGCAAUUGUGCCGACCUUGGAAAAACUGCAGAAGCAGGUCUCAACAUUGUCAGAGGCCUCGUCAUCCUCACUGGAUACAAUUAGUCGCAAGGUGCGGCAGCUGACACAGGAGGCCGAGCAACUUGAGAAGGCCCGGAAGCAGGCUAAGCAGGCCAAGGAGGCGCUCGCUUCAACCGGCACUGGGUCGUCAUCUCCUAGUACCCCAGACUCGGAGGACUCGGAGCAGACGACCAAGAUCAACGCUCUGUACAGCACGCUGCCGACCAUCGAGAGCCUCACACCGCUCCUGCCACCUUUGCUUGAUCGGCUCAGGUCACUGAGGGCCAUCCACGCUGAUGCGGCCACGGCGGGCGAAACGCUGGAACGCAUCGAAAAGAGGCAGACAGACAUGGCGACUGAUAUCAAGCAGUGGAGAGAAGGGCUGGAGAAGAUCGAGAAGGCCAUGCAGGAGGGCGAGUCUUCCAUGGGAAACAACAUGAAGGUUGUUGAUGGCUGGGUGAAGGAUCUGGAGGCAAAGAUGGCAAAGUUAUCAUGA